GAAGUGUGGGAGGGCCUGUGGGGCGGGCUGUGGAAGGUCCGAGGGGGAGGAUGGAACUGUGACCGAGUCUGGGCGGCUGCCGGCAGCGCCAUGGAGACCGUGCAGCUGAGGAACCCGCCGCGCCGGCAGCUGAAAAAGUUGGAUGAAGAUAGUUUAACCAAACAACCAGAAGAAGUGUUUGAUGUCUUAGAGAAACUUGGAGAAGGGUCCUAUGGCAGUGUAUACAAAGCUAUUCAUAAAGAGACAGGUCAGAUUGUUGCUAUUAAGCAAGUUCCUGUGGAAUCAGACCUGCAGGAGAUAAUCAAAGAAAUCUCUAUAAUGCAACAAUGUGACAGCCCACAUGUUGUCAAAUAUUAUGGCAGUUAUUUUAAGAACACAGACUUGUGGAUUGUCAUGGAGUAUUGUGGGGCUGGUUCUGUGUCUGAUAUCAUUCGAUUACGAAAUAAAACGUUAACAGAAGAUGAAAUAGCUACAAUAUUGCAAUCAACUCUUAAGGGACUAGAAUACCUUCAUUUUAUGAGAAAAAUACAUCGAGAUAUCAAGGCAGGAAAUAUUUUGCUAAAUACAGAAGGACACGCAAAGCUUGCUGAUUUUGGGGUGGCAGGUCAACUUACAGAUACCAUGGCCAAGCGGAAUACAGUGAUAGGAACACCAUUUUGGAUGGCUCCAGAAGUGAUUCAGGAAAUUGGAUACAACUGUGUAGCAGACAUCUGGUCUCUGGGAAUAACUGCCAUAGAAAUGGCUGAAGGGAAACCCCCAUAUGCUGAUAUCCAUCCAAUGAGGGCAAUAUUCAUGAUUCCCACAAACCCUCCUCCCACAUUCCGAAAGCCAGAGCUGUGGUCAGAUAACUUCACGGAUUUUGUGAGGCAGUGUCUUGUGAAGAGCCCUGACCAGAGAGCCACUGCCACUCAGCUCCUGCAGCACCCAUUUGUCAAGAGUGCCAAAGGAGUGUCAAUACUGCGAGACUUAAUUAAUGAAGCCAUGGAUGUGAAAUUGAAACGCCAGGAAGCCCAGCAGCGGGAAGUGGACCAGGACGAUGAGGAAAACUCAGAGGAGGAUGAAUUAGAUUCUAGCACGAUGGUUCGAGCAGUGGGUGAUGAGAUGGGCACCGUCCGAGUAGCCAGCACCAUGAGUGAUGGAGCCAAUACUAUGAUUGAGCAUGAUGACACGUUGCCAUCACAGCUGGGCACCAUGGUGAUCAAUGCAGAUGAUGAGGAAGAGGAAGGGACUAUGAAAAGAAGGGAUGAGACUAUGCAGCCUGCAAAACCAUCUUUUCUUGAAUAUUUUGAACAAAAAGAAAAGGAAAACCAGAUCAACAGCUUUGGCAAGAGUGUACCUGGCCCACUGAAAAAUUCUUCAGAUUGGAAAGUGCCACAAGAUGGAGACUAUGAGUUUCUUAAGAGUUGGACAGUGGAGGACCUUCAGAAGAGGCUCUUGGCUCUGGACCCCAUGAUGGAGCAGGAGAUUGAGGAGAUCCGGCAGAAGUACCAGUCCAAGCGGCAGCCAAUCCUGGACGCCAUUGAGGCGAAGAAGAGGCGGCAACAGAACUUCUGAGCAAGGCCAGGCUGGGAGGCCCCCUCCACCCAGGCCUUUGGUGAAUUCUGGACUGCACGCCGCACACCUGUUAGCCAGCACUUCUGCUCUGUUGUUUCUCCGCAGCACCUUUGUGAACUCAGGAAUGUGCGCCAAUGGGAAGGGCUCCCUUGACAGUCAGCAUGCCAUUUUGAUGUGCGUAUUUACAUAGGUCAGGUACAUUACUUCAGAGGAUUUGUAUUGGCGCUUUUAACUCAGAGUUUUAAACCCCAGGACCAGAGACUUCUAGUUGAGUGAUAGCUGGGAAAAUUUUACAUUGUCUUUUUGUUUUUAUUCUCCCAAUGGCUUUCAAUUGUUCUUUCUGGAAGACUUUUUAAAAAUAUAUAAAUAUGCAUAUAUAUAUAUAUAAAUUAUAAAUAGAUUGCCCACUCAGUGUGGUGGCAUCUCUGUACAGGUACAGUUUUAAACAGUUUGCCUCUCUUCUGUAAGAUUAUGGUACUGUGGAACAUGAGGGCAGGGGACACCAGGAGGCUGUUAGGAAGUCAUGGGGUCCCAAGAGCCAACCUCACCCUUUGCAGGGCUGCUUUAAAAAUUAGGUUUGGGACAGUCCUUUCACCAUGGUUUUAGCCUUGUGUGGUCACCACUGGCUCCUGGAGCUAUUGGUAAUCCAGGCGCAAGCCUUGAGAGUUUGUGUUUACUCUUUUGAGUCCCAGAGAAGCCUGGCAUCCUCUUUGCAAAUUGGCCUUUGCUGUUUCAGCUCCUUUCAUCCAUGUCCACUCGCCCAGCUGCCUAAAGUCACAACACAGAUACUGCCCAGUGCCUUAAGAGGAGACAUGAUCAGUGAGGGGACAGGCCUGCCAGGAACUCUCAGCAAACGUGCAGUCCACAAAAGGGAAAAGGUUUCUGACACCCUAAUUGUUUGUGUGACAAUUAUACACGUGGCAUUUUGCUCCACGUUCCUUACAGACUGGAGUAGAGGGCAUUGCUUUUGUGACCCAAUUCAAAUAUGUGACUGUUUUCUUUUUUCUUUUACUGCUAAGGGGUCUGGAAAGGGUAAAUGAAUCUCAGACUCAGAUUUGUUCCCCAGGAGGCUCAAUCCAGACACAAUGUGUCAGAGCUGGAAAGGACCAUGGAAAUCGUCUGACCUGGCCUUCUCAUAGGAAUAGGAAAACUGAGGCUUUGGGAGGGAAAGUGACAACGGCCCAAAUCAUCAAGCAAGUUAGAGUAAGAGCUGGGACUAGAACACAGGGUCUUCAGCUCUGGGCCACUGGGCCAAGCAGCCCUUUUUAUGAGGGAAGACUUGUGUCCAUUUCAUUUCAGUUAUCCCAGGGAAACCAGCUGACAGAAACUUGCUCUCUCCUUGCCUCUUUGGUGAGUGAGCUAGCUGUGAAGAAUUUGCUCAGAGGAGCCAGUGAUCCCCUUUCUGCAUUUCCACAGGGCUCUGUGAAAGACAGCACGGAACCAUCCUCCUGCAGCUUUGGCUCAAGGCCACAUGGCAUUUACUCACACAGCAAAGUUGGGUGGAAGUUGGGAAAGACAAAUAUCUCCUUAUUUCCCCCUCAUACCUGUUUCCCUCAGCUAGGGGAGCGAUGACUAGGUUGCACCUCAGGAUACUGUAAUUUGCCUUCAUAAUUGCUUUUGCUCCCUACACCUGGGAAUCAAUAGAAAGGGAAUGUUCCUUUUCUGUGACCAGAUUCUGUUCUUUGCAGUUAAAGCAAUUAAAAAAAAAAAAAAUACAAGAGGCAGUUGUUGGUCUUUGGGGUUUGGCCACUGAAGUAGUUAUGUGCCAGAUACAGAAAAUAAAGGACAAUUUGUGGAUUUUGCUGGAAUAAUAAAAGGCAGCUAGUAUUUGUUGACUACCUAUUAUAUGACAGGCACUGAGCUCGGUAGGGUCCAGAGUUACAAAUAAUGCUGUGAGUUAACUACUUUAUCUCCAUUUCACAGAUGAAGACAUGGAUUUGGAAAGAAAGGUUCUUUCUCUACUAGGCAGUACAGCAGGAAGGCUGAUCAGUGAUAGGAUCAGGAUUCAGGGCAUCACUAUAUGAGAUCAGUAUUUGUAGGAAAAAGGAAAGUCACAAGUCUCUUUAAAAUAAAGUGACCACCUUUUCUUGCUCAGACUAAGGCUCAAAGUAAUGCCAGUCCAGCUGGCAUUUUUAGGUUGGAAAACAGCUGGAUCGAUAGUCCAUUCUAACAGCCAAGUGAUUUUUAAAAACCAAAGUAUCAAGCACAUAAUCCCCCAUACCAUUUGCUAUACUAAUUAGUAGUUCUGUGUCAGUCUCUCUUUUUUUAAACAGAGAACUUUGCACUUGGCCAGACAGGAGGAGAAAGCACAUUUUCUCCCUUCCUAAGCUAGAUGCAAGUAAAAGAAAGUUCAGUUUUCCCCUAUAAAUAUUCUUGGGUCGUAAACCUUAAUCUGGAGUUUAUUUUGUUCCAAGCAUAUGUGCACCUGAUGUGUUGGGUCCAACAAAGUCUGUUGCUCACAAGUCUUGGUAGAUAGAGCCCUUUGUUUGGAUGAGAGAAGUUUCCUGCCAAGGUGUAUUUGUUUUCUUGUGACCAAAAGGCCGAGAAGCAGGUCCUAGUAAACUUCCCUUGGAUGCUGAAUUCAAGAUAGAUCAGCUUGCUUUCAUUGAGCCCUGAGCUUCAGUCAUUGCUUGAGCAUUUGUGACUCAAGCUUCCAGGGAACUCCAAGUCUCUCAGUUCUCUGCUUCUAAGCAAAAAUGCCCUAAUGAUGUCUUCUAAAAAAAAAAAAAAAAUCUCAAAUUCUCUAAGAAUAUCUUAAUUACUAUCCCAUCAGUAAUUUUGAAGCACAUUCCUAUUUCCUUCCAGCCACCAAGUGGAUAGAUGAAUGUUUGACAGGAUUAGGGAAUAGAUGGAUGAAUGGAUAGAUCGGCAUGUGUCCAUAGAUAAAUAGGACCAGUAAUCUGAGAACUGUAGCUUUGAUUCCUUGAGACUAUCGAUCUUGAUUCAGGAAGUAUUUGUUUAGCACCUACCAGAUGCUAUAAAUUCAUUAUACCAUUUAAAAUUCAGUAGCUCUUUUCAGCAUCAGCAGUGAGAGCGGUGAUACCAUUAUAGAUCCUAUGGCUAUUAAAGGGCUAAUGACAGGAUAUUAUGAACAACUUUAUGCUUAUAACUUCAACAUAAAUGAAAUGGACAAUUCCUUAAAAAAUACAAAGUACCAAAGCUCAUUUAAGAAGAAAUAGAUAAUCUGAAUAGCCUAUAUCUGGUGAAAUUUAAGAGUCACAUACCAAUGGGGGCAGGCCAGGAACAUAUCCCUGACCACCCCUAACCCCCGCCAAUUGGUUUGCAACUGUUUUUAAUAGCUCUGGGAGAUAACAGGUAUUAUUGUCCUCAUUUUACAGACAAGGAAACUGAGGCUUACAGAGAGGAAGUCUGUUGCUCAAGGUCAUGUGGCCUAGAGUAUGGCAGGGCCAGGAUUCAAGUCUAGGUCUUCUGAUUCUUACUCCAGUGUCCUUUCUAGCAUAUACCAUGUUGCCUCUAAAGAUUGCAGCUCCUCAUUUACUGGAAAAUUGUUCCUGCCCAGUUCACAUCUUCACUCCACCCCACCCUGUCUUUGUGUUUUCAUCUGGUUUAUAUUCAUUGUCUUUGGAACACAUGUUCUUGUUUGUGUUUGGAAAAAAAAUCUCUUGUACCAGCUUGCACUCGGACCAACUUGGAUUAAAGACAAAAGCUUAAAUGCUGUUGCUGAUGUACAAUUAAAAAAUGUGAAAUUUGUAGCUUUAACUUUUUGUAACAAAAACUAAUUACACUGGCUUAUGUGCUGAUUUGAAAUGCUAUUUUGUAAGAUUUGGAUGUAAAUAAUCAGUUGAGGUCAGCAGUUUGUAUAUGUAUAAGACAUAGUUCCUCCAUCGUCCUUCAUCCUUUUUUUUUUUUUAAAGAUUGAGAUGCUUCCUAUGAGCUUUUAUGUUAGAAUUGUUCUCCCUCCUUCUUUCUUCUUAUACCUUGUCACCUGUUUUAAAUAAACUGUCCUUUGGACCACA